AUGGACAACAAGCCAUUAGAUCCCGAAAAGGAUCAUGAAGUCACCGAUGUCGAAGCAAAUCGUACUGGCCGCAUCACUUUCCUCCCCGAUGAAAGAGACCAUGUAACUCGACGACCCCGGACGCAAGACAGAGGCAGUCGUAGUCGUCGCCGUUCCCUAAGCCAGACUUCUAUCAACAGCACGCGCUCUCGCUCUGUUUCCGAGGUGCCCAUUGAAUUUCGACGCUUGAGUUAUCAGCUCUCGGAGUCCCAGAGAACUCGUCCGGUGGAUGACGACGAUGAUGAACCUCAAUUCGAACCUGUCAAUCGCAGCAGCAGCAAAAAGGAUACGAAAAUCGACGACAACGCCGAGAUUUUUGAGAAUCUCGAGUUCCAUAGUCUGCCUCCUGAGCUCCUGUGUAAACAGCUUGGUGUCAGUGAUGCGGAUGGACUCUCGCCCUCCGAAGCCGCAGAGCGUCUUGCCCGUCAUGGCCCCAACGCUCUUCCUCAUCGACGCGAGAACUACAUCCUCAAACUUCUGACGUACGUUUUUGGCGGAUUCUGUUCCGUCCUCUGGAUCGGCGUCAUAAUCUUCUUUAUCUGCUGGCGCCCACUCGGUGAUCCAAAUCCACAGCCAUACAACCUCGGUCUUGGUAUCCUCGUCCUUAUCGUCAUCUUUCUCCAAGCCGCUUUUUCCGCCUUUCAAGAUUGGUCGACUGCCAGAACAAUGAAGGCCAUUUUGGACCUUCUUCCCGCCGAAGCUCUCGCCGUACGAUCUGGGCAGUCCGUUCGUGUCCCAUCAUCCAAUCUUGUGGUAGGCGAUAUCGUCAAAAUCAGCAUUGGAAACAAAGUCCCCGCCGAUAUGCGUCUGCUGACUACAUCGGGUGACGUACGAUUCGAUCGAUCCAUGUUGACCGGCGAGUCUGAGGAAGUUGAAGGAGUCACUAAUAUGACCGACGAAAAUUUCCUCGAAACCCGCAAUAUCGCCAUGAUGGGAACCUUGGUUACAAACGGUACGGCUACAGGAGUAGUUGUAUUAACAGGCAAAGACUCAGUCAUGGGCCAUAUUGCGCUUACCACGACAUCGGUUAAGAGUCAACCUACACUCAUCCAACUCGAAAUUAGCCGCUUUGUCAAGAUCAUUGUCUGUUUGACUGUUUUCCUUGCUGCUUUGCUAUUGUUCACUUGGGUUGGCUGGCUGCGCAAGGAUCAUGCUGCCUUUAUGAAUGUCGUUGAUAUGCUGGACGAUGUCAUGGGUUGUGUCGUUGCAUUUAUCCCGGAAGGUAUGCCCGUGGGCGUUGCUCUAACGUUGAUGAUGAUUGCUAGGCGAAUGAAGGACAAUAAUAUCCUGCCCAAGGGUCUAUCGACGGUCGAGACACUUGGAUGUGUUAAUGUAAUUUGUUCAGAUAAGACAGGAACGUUGACUGAGAACCGCAUGACAGUCGUCACGACUGCCUUUGUGGACGAGCGCAUGUCCGCAGCUGAUGCUGCUGUGGCUUCCAGGACCUCAAACACAGAACCAAUCCGCGAACUGCUCAAAGCCGCUGCUAUCUGCAAUGAUGGAACAUUCGAAGCCACAACUUUGAACAUGCCAGCAAUGGACCGCCUUGUGCAAGGAAACGCUACUGACGGUGCAUCACUCAAAUUCGUCGAGUCAGUAGAAGAUGGUUCUUGCCAGAGACUGAGAGAUGCCAAUCCUCGCGUAUUCGCCAUUCCAUUCAACUCUUCGAACAAAUGGAUGCUCACGCUCCAUAAAACCGAAUCGAGCAUGGAAAAGGGACAUGAAAACCAAAUUGAGGCGAUUGACCGACCCAAUUUCCUGUUGAUUGUCAAGGGUGCAUCAGACAUCCUCCUACCGCAUUGCACACAUUACUGGUCCUACAAGCAAAACAGCAUUCAAACUCUCGACGAUGACGCCAAACUGCAACUCGCAACGCUUCAAGAAAAAAUGUCUCGUAACGCCGAGCGUGUGAUCAUGCUCUGUCAGCGAACCGUCACACCCAGAGAAACUCUGGGCUCAAACGCCUUUAGCGACGAGAUUCGCGAAGAAGGGCUUUCAGACCUGACCCUUAUCGGUUUGUUAGGUAUAGUCGAUCCACCUCGCAAGGAGACGGCUUCAACCGUGGCUUCGUGUCGGCGUGCCGGUAUUCGUUUCCUCAUGGUCACUGGAGACCUUGGUCUUACAGGGGCAGCAAUCGCAAGAGACGUUGGCAUAUUCUCCGGGUCCGCGGACCCAGACACCAUCCACACUAUCAUUAGCAGACGAGAUUAUAACCAGGAUAGCAGCAGCACCGACGUCAACAGUGACUGGUCCCAGACUAGUCUCUUACUCGAAGGCCCAUCUCUUUCUCAGCUUACAGAUGCCGACUGGGAUGUUAUUUGUGGGUAUCAAGAAAUCGUCUUUGGCCGUACCAUGCCCGAACAGAAACUGCGUAUCGUCAAUGAAUUCCGCUCACGAAACUACGUCGUUGCCGUUACUGGUGAUGGAGUAAACGAUGCACCAGCCAUGCGAGCCGCAGAUGUCGGCAUCGCCGUCGUCUCAGGUAGCGACGUCGCCCUCGAAGCCGCCGAUCUCGUCCUAAUGGACAAAUUCGACUCCAUCGUCGAAGCCAUUCGCCUCGGUCGACUGGUUUUCCAAAACCUUCAAAAGGUUAUCAGUUACCUUCUCCCAGCCGGAUCCUGGUCCGAGAUCUGGCCAGUGCUGAUGAACGUGUACUUCGGUGUUCCGCUCCCUCUCUCUUCAUUUCUCAUGAUCAUCAUCUGCGUCUUCACCGACUUGUUCUUGUCACUCUCUCUAAUCAUGGAACAAGAAGAAUUCGAUCUUUUGGACCUCCCACCCCGAAACCACCGCAAGGACCACCUUAUCAACCUCAAAGUCUACAUCCAAAGCUAUCUAUUCAUCGGUGUGAUGGAAACCAUCUGCGCACACGCCAUGUUCUUCUUAUACUUCUACAAACACGCCGGCAUCCCCUUUCACGCCCUCAUCUUCGCGUUUGAGUCCUACUCGGAUGGGUUUUAUGGGUACACCGCCGACGAACUCACGCAUUUCAACACCGUGGGCCAAAGCGUCUAUUUCAUCACUUUACUCUUCCUGCAAUGGGGCAAUAUUCUCAGCGUACGCAAUAAGCGUCUUUCAAUCCUUCAAGCUGAUCCCAUCAGGAAGGAGCGUCGGAACCCGUGGCUGUUAGCUAGUGCAAUUAUCAGUCUUGCUAUUGCGGUGUUUGUCACUGAGGAACCAGGUUUGCAGCAAAUCUUUCAGACUGCGUCGGCCCCGAUUGAGUUCUGGUUUUAUCCGAUUCCAUUGGCGGUGGGGAUUUUGUUGAUGGAUGAGAUUAGGAAGUUGGCUGUGAGAGUUUGGCCAGGAAGUUGGGUUGCGAAGAUUGCGUGGUGA